GCGAAAAAUAGGCAAACAGCAGCUGUCAACCUGGAUAAUGGCGGAGCGUGGCAUCGAAGUGCCUAUGCAGCCCUAUGCUGGCGCUCUGCUCCUGAUCAAGGAUCUCCCCAUUCCGGAUACUUCGUCCAGCACAUCCAAGGCUAGACCUUCAUUUUUCAAUCGUAGUUGUGUCCUAAAACGGCUAUUGAGGGUUUUGGGCCAAGAAUGCCCCGACGAGGAGUUCAAAAUCGAAUGUGAUGAUCCGCUUAUUGAAGGGUUCAUGGCCGGCUUGGAGACAUUUAUGAAGUUUACGGUUCAAAAGUCUAUAGAGCAGUGCGAACAUCGGACUAGCUAUUUUUUAUUCAACGACAAAAGGUGUAUCAUGCUGAACGAAAUGCGACCGACGAUGAACUUUCUGAAUGAUCUGAAAAAGGCCCAAUGUGGAUCCCCCGAUGAAGAUGAUGACUUCCAUCGCAAACGGGAUUCCCGAGGUCAGAACAUUCCCAGUAUGAAAAUGGAUGCAAUUAAUACUACCGCUCUCAAUGCUAUUGGACGGAAGCCUCCUGUCGCUGGCCAAGGGGCACAACCCUCAGGUGCCCAACCACCGGGUAGUCUACAACGUAUGCGAAACAAAAACGUAAACGUUCACGAUGUGAUGCAGUUCAUGGCGGAGGAGAAGCGCUUUUCCAGGAGCAAUAUGCUUUUUUUAGCCUAUUUGAAAUAUAAAUAGGCCUUA